UAUGCCUUAAAAACUUUUCAAGUUGAAUUUGUGUCUGCUAAAAUAAUCACAUUGGAGUGACGGACUGAAGUCAUAUUCGUACGCGAGGUCGCGUAACGAAUUUAUGUCUCGGAAAUAUCAAGAUAGUAAUAGCACGCGCGUUGGAGAGUCUGAUUUGGAUGGGAGCACAAGCAAAUACACGAAGAGUGGUUAUACGGUAAAUCAAACACACUUGUCCAGUUAACUAGAACUUGCUCAUUGCGCGUAGUGCUAUUUGUGAGUUGAGUGUGUAGAGGGUUAGUCCUCUAAUCACAACAAAACUUGGAGGGCUCGGUGACUUAGAGCGCGUGGAUUAACUUCAACAAACUGAAGAAAUGUCCGUUAUACGUGUUCUUGUGUUUUUAGUAACUUUUUUGACAGGAGUACGUGCUUGUCCUACCCGUUGUCUGUGUUUUAGGACUACCGUGAGAUGCAUGUUUUUACAGCUAGAGACCAUACCGCAAGUUAAGACAGACACAACUAUAUUAGAUUUAAGAUUUAACAAAAUAAAGAGUAUACCAGUUGGAACAUUUAGAAAUUUAAACAGACUAACAACACUAUUAUUGAAUAAUAAUGAAAUAGAAAAAUUAGAAGAAGGAUCUUUUAUGGGAUUAAAUGAAGUUAAAUAUAUAUAUUUAUAUAAAAAUAAAAUUAGAAAUAUUGGAGAGAAAACAUUUAGAGAUACUCCAAAGAUAGAACAAUUAUAUCUUCAUAAUAAUAUUCUGGAACGAUUACCGAAGGGUAUAUUUAAAGGUUUAUCAAGUUUAAGGAGAUUACGUUUAGACUCCAAUGCAUUGGUAUGUGAUUGUCAGUUGAUGUGGUUAGCCAACAUGCUGAAGGAGAAACAUGGUUAUACGCAAGCUGCAGCCACCUGUCAGUUUCCUGAGAAACUUCAAGGCAGAUCUUUGAUGAGUAUAUCACAAGAUGACUUCCAUUGUAAGGGACCUCAAUUUGUAAUGGAACCAAGAGAUGUUGAUGUAACAUUUGGUAAUACAGCUUAUUUUACAUGUCGUGCAGAAGGUUCUCCUGAUCCAGAAAUAGUUUGGCUUCAUAACCAAAAUGAGAUAGAUGUCGAGAGAAAUGAUAGAUAUAGUAUGUUACAAGACGGAACUUUAAUGAUUCAAGAUACACAAGGAUCGGAUCAAGGAGUGUAUGAAUGUAUAGCUAGAAAUAUUGCAGGCGAAAUAAAGACCAACAGAGUUGAACUUAGGUACUUUGGAGAGCCUGCCUCAAUUCUUGGUGAGGCCAGACGAUGUAACAGCCAGUGCUGGAGAAACAGUAACAUUACUGUGUCAAGUAACAGGAAAUCCCAGACCUGAUAUAAGUUGGAGUAAAGAUGGAUUAGUUCUAGCACCAAAUGAUCGAUUUACUCUCCAACCCAGUGGAGCUCUAAAGAUCAUAGAUGUCCGAGAAUCUGAUCGUGGUGUUUAUAGAUGUAGAGCAGCGAACAGU